AUGAGCCUUCAUGAUAUGUCUACUUCGCCGGAGCCGGACUCAGAGCACAAUGUUCCUCCCACGAUACGAGACCCAGCGACCUUCCAAAAGGCGGACCUGGAGCGUUUAGGGCGCCAGCGACCGGACGAGUUCAAGACAGCCGUCUCUGAGAUAUUCUUCUGCUCAUCGAUGUUAGUAUCGAUGCUGAUGUCGGAAUACUUCAUCUCUGGCUUCAACAUUGUUCUCCCGACAGUGUCAGAAGAGCUCGAUAUCCCAAUCGCCGCCCAAAUAUGGCCUUCGAGUGUCUUCGCCCUCAUCGUGGGCGCACUGCUCCUUCCCCUCGGCAGAAUAGCCGAUAUAUAUGGCGGCUUCAUUGUCUUCAACUGUGGGUUGGCCUGGUUUCUGGUCUGGACCAUCAUCGCUGGCUUUAGUGUCAACUACAAGAUGCUCAUCGCCGCCCGGGCUCUCCAGGGCCUUGGCCCGGCAGCAUUCCUGCCCACUGGCAUCAUGAUCCUGGGCAAGAUAUAUCGGCCUGGCCCCAGGAAGAACCUCAUCUUCAGCCUCUAUGGUGCGUUUGCGCCCCUGGGUUUCUUCUUUGGUGUGAUCAUGGGCGGUGUGGCGGGUGAAUACUUGUCGUGGAGGUGGUACUUCUGGCUAGGCGCCAUCGUUGUGGGUCUUUGCGGCGUGAGCGCCUUUUUCAGCAUCCCGCGCGGCGACUUGCAGACUGCCGGUGUCGAAAUGGACUACUGGGGCGUCGUCACCACAGUGCCUGCCCUGAUCCUGAUCGUAUUUGCGGUGACGGACGGCGCACAUGCGCCAAAGGGCUGGGCAACGGACUAUGUUAUCGUCACAUUCGUCCUGGGUGUAGUGUUGCUGGGGGUAUCUUUCGUCGUUGAAGGCUGGGUCGCCUCGCAGCCGCUUUUGCCAGCGAGCCUCUUCAGGCCGAAGUACGUGAAGACAAUCUUGGUGGCCCUCGCAUUUGCGUACGGAAAUUUCGGUAUCUUUAUGUACUACGCCAGUUUCUAUCUUUUUACAGUUAUGAAUUACAGCGUCAUCUCAACGGCACUGGCCUUCAUCCCUAUGGCGGCGGGUGGUAUCGUCCUCGCAACUGUCGGUGGCUUUACUCUCCACUUGCUCCCAGGCCGUAUUCUCUUGAUCCUAUCAGGGGCAGGGAGCAUUAUCAGCGUGCUGCUCUUCGCACUGAUCCCGGAGGAUGGCUCUUAUUGGGCAUGGAUCCUACCGGCGAUGAUUGGCGCAACAAUUGGGGUUGACAUCGCGUUUAAUGUCACGAAUGUCUUCAUCACUACCAAUAUACCCCAAAAAGAACAAGGUGCCGCGGGAGCCCUGAUCUACAGUAUCUUGUUCCUGCCUAUCAGUCUCUUCCUAGGCAUUUCGGACGUGGUGGCAGCGAGUUACGAAUGGAGGGGCACCAUGGUUAGCUACAAGGCGGCGUUUUGGUUCAGCACGGGCUGUGCUGCCGUCUCGCUGGUGCUGUUCUGCUUCGUUGAUACCGGCAAGGCGGAAAGCCAAUUGAGGGUUGAAGAGAAGGAGGCGUUGGAAGAGGGCCAGGAGGAAAUAGGCGUCGUUCAUGGUUCCAAUACAUGA